CACAACAGUGAGGGGCGUCUUUUUGCUACGCUGGCGCUCUGGGAAUACUAACCAUUUCAGAAACAACUAGCUAAAACUAACAACCCCGCUUUUUUUUCCUUCGUCAUUCUCGAGACUUUACAGCUUGUUCUCUGCGACACUAUCUCAGAAACACUGCGACGUGUGUAUUUUCAAGGUGGAAGCACGAAGAUUCACUGACAGCUGGAGUGUGUACCAAGCUGAUCUAGUUACCUGUUUGGUGGAUCACUGGAUUCAGGAGACUGUUUGAAAAGUUAAGGCCUGGGGAAAGUUAAUAAGAAGAUUCGAUCAGCUGGCAAACCACCCCCCACCACCCCCACCCCCACCUUCCUCGACGCCAUCCUCUUAUCCCAGCCAUUGUCUUUGUCCAGUGUUGCUGUGACUCACUGACAUAGUUGGAUGCUGAGGAAGUUCACUGAAGAUUGAACGCUUUUUGAAUGGAAGACCUCAAAGAGACUUUUAAUCCUUGAAGACCCUGCAAACACCUUAUCUUCAUAACCCCUUCUGCACACGGCUGCCGAGGUCCUUUCCCGAGGGACGAAGGGGGAGCAGAGAUUGGUGGAUUGCUGGAUGUGACAAACACCUUUGUUGGUUAGGUGAAACUGCUGUGGGCCAUGUGUUACUGGUGAGGUCUCUUCCUCUGCCAAAAUGAGGCUGAUGGUCGUCUUGCCUCGACCCAUCCUGCCAGCCUUCCUGGCUCUCACCUUUGUCGCCUUCUUAGCUCAGCUGUCCUCAGGAGCCACGCCGUUCCCCCAAGACCUGGAACCAAUCAGCGUCGUGGGCAGAGAAACCUCGUACCUCUACCCCAGCUUCCAGGGACUCAUGUCAGACAAUGACACUGUCCGCCUGGGUCUGGAUUUCCAGCGGAUGCUAAGGAUCAACCACAUGCUCUAUAUCGCUGCACGGGACCAUGUGUUUGCGAUCAAUCUUGCAGCUUCAUCUGAGCAGAUAAUCCCACAGCAGAAACUGACUUGGAAGACGAAGGAUGUGGAGAAAUGCACUGUGAGAGGGAAAAACAGCGAUGAAUGUUACAACUACAUCAAAGUUCUGGUACCACGCAACGACGAGACGUUAUUCGCCUGCGGCACCAACGCUUUCAAUCCCACCUGCCGUAACUAUAAGAUGUCGACACUGGAGCAGGAAGGGGAGGAGGUGGUGGGACAGGCUCGAUGUCCCUUCGAGUCCCGCCAGUCCAAUGUCGGCCUUUUCGCAGGUGGUGAUUUCUACUCUGCCACCAUGACUGACUUCUUGGCAAGUGACGCAGUUAUUUACAGAAGUUUGGGUGAAAGCAGCCCUGUGCUGCGUACAGUGAAGUAUGACUCCAAAUGGCUGCGAGAGCCCCAUUUCCUCCAUGCCAUUGAGUAUGGGAACUACGUGUACUUCUUCUUCAGCGAGAUCGCAGUGGAGUACACCACUCUUGGCAAGGUGGUUUUCUCAAGGGUUGCACGUGUUUGUAAGAACGACAAUGGGGGCUCCCCGAGGGUGCUGGAACGUUACUGGACAUCAUUUCUUAAAGCUCGGCUGAACUGUUCUGUUCCUGGUGAUUCUUUUUUCUACUUUGAUGUUCUCCAGUCUCUCACCAAUGUACUGCAGAUUAACCAUCGGCCGACUGUGCUCGGAGUCUUCACCACACAGGCAAAUAGCAUCACUGGCUCAGCAGUCUGUGCUUUCUACAUGGAUGACAUAGAGAAGGCCUUCAGUGGUAAAUUUAAAGAGCAGAAGAAUAGUGAGUCAGCCUGGACACCUGUUCCAGAGGAGCAAGUCCCAAAACCAAGACCAGGCUGCUGCUCUGGCGAGGGCUCAGCCGCCGCCUACAAGUCAUCCACCAAUUUCCCUGACGAAACUCUCACUUUCAUCAAGUCUUAUCCGCUCAUGGAUGAGUCCGUCCCCUCCGUCAACGACCGACCCUUUUUCACCCGCACCACCAGCAGGUUCAAGUUGACUCAGAUUGCAGUGGAUACAUCUGCAGGGCCAUAUAAGAACUACACGGUAGUCUUCCUCGGGUCAGAUAAUGGCCAUGUACUGAAGAUCCUGGCCAGCACUGAGGGAGCCAACGCAUCUUUCAGCACCCAGCUCCUGGAGGACCUUGAUGUCUAUAACCCUAACAAAUGCAAUGUGCGGGGGGAGGAUAGGAGGGUCCUGGGGCUUGAGUUGGACCGGGAUCAUCAUGCGUUGUUUGUGGCGUUCUCAAGCUGCGUGAUCCGUGUGCCGCUGAGCCACUGCUCUGAGUACAGCCACUGCAAGAAAAGCUGUUUGUCCUUACGGGACCCUUACUGCAUCUGGCUCAAGUCGGGCAGCUGUGUCACAGUUUCACCUGGUUUCAGAGGCGGGUUUGAACAGGAUGUGGAGAACGGCUACCAUCAGCACCCCGAUACCUGCCACGAUGUCUUGGCAACCACUCGCAAGCAGAACACAGCACUGGAUUCAGCGUAUGGGAAGACCACACCCACAAGCGCCAGCACAACCUAUCAUGGGGCGGCAUUCCCAAAGGAGGCAGGUGACCCUGAAAGAGGUACAGGUCCUGAUCGCCCUCCCCCUGUUGGGGAACAAGGGUCACCUGACUCGGAGCCAAUCAGUGUGGAGAUGGAGGGUGUGAGGCGACCUCCAGAGCAAGACAAACCCAGUCCUAGUGUCCAUUAUACUCUUCUGAUUGCUUGUGUUUUGGUGGCCUUUGUCCUUGGUGCCUUCCUCUCUGGCUUCCUGGUUUCAUGCUACUGUAAUCACACAAGCCACAAGACCAAGAAGUUGUCGAAAGACCCCGAAGCCCCAAUCCCACAUGCUCUAUCACUGCGCAGCCUGGCCAAGCUCAAUGGCCUCCUGGACAGCCAAAGUAAGGAUGACAAGUUGGAGGUGUCAUCUCCCAAGAUCUACAACUCUUUCUUCGCCAACAGUAAGGAGCAUCACCCAUCGAGGAGAAAUGGUCAUCAUGGAAUGACAAUGGGAGACUUGGUCCAUGCCCAGCAUCACCAACUCCACCAUUCCUCAGAGCUGUCUGGUCUGCCUACACCAGACUCGACCCCAGAGCUGCCAAUUAAGAGCAUGAAAGCAUUCAAGAACCAGUGGGAGAAGAAUCAGAACUGCAACAAUGCCAAGGAACCAAAGUCCCAUAAUAUUGGCUCCAGGCCCAGCUCUGCCCUCCUUCACCAGCAGGUCUUCCCCUACUCCCAUGGACUGUCUAAUAGCCAGUCAGCAGCCGGACACCUUCAUCCCGAUGAACGCAAAAUCCACAAUGUUGAGCGUGUGUUGUCUCAGCAGCCUUACCCUGGCUACUCUCAGAAGGUGAUGGAAGUAACCUCACUCGAUGAGCUCCUGAAGCACAUCCACGAGGCAAGCGGCAGCAAGAACUCUCAGCUAAUGAGCCCAUCUGGUCUGAUGGCCAGCGGAGGUGGAGGCCAGCUAGCCUUUGCCAACCGUAUCCAGCCUCAGAUACCUGAGACAGAAUCGGCCCCCUACUACAGCUCAUCCACUUUACCACGUGACAGCCUCACCCGUCGCAUGGAUGUUCCACCAGACAUUCCCAUGCACCACCAGUCUACCUUGGAGAGGAGGCAUUCCUCCCAAAGGCAAUCACUGAUUGCUGCAGCCACCAAAAUGCCCAACGGAGGUGGAGUAGUAGGAGGAGGGGGAGGAGGAAUGAUCCCUCGCCAACACAGCUUCAGCCAACGAAAUGGCGGGCCCCACCAGCCACCUCCCCUUUUGGCGCGGAUGAACUCGACGGGCAGCGCGUGUGAGGUUCACUAUCCCCUGCUUCCCAAUGGAUACCUGGCACGUCAGCACAGUUAUAAUGGAGAACAGCAAGAGGUUCCACACAGGGGUGCGAUCGUCCGUCGGGCAGCUUCUCUCAAACCUGACGUCCCUCCCAAGCCCUUGUUCAUACCUGCCACAUCCCCAGUCAAUGAACAGGGAAAGUUCAACUACUGAGGGGUAUGCUCUUGGACUAAGAGAAGGAGCCUCCCCCCUCCCCUCAUUGUGUCAUCUGUAAGAAACUUUGAAGAAAUGCAGUGAGUUUGGGGUUGCAGACCUUUACCUGAAAACACAACUAACUGUGUGGCACCAGUGUCACUGUGGACAAAAGCCUCAACCAAACUUGUUUUUUUCCGCUUCUUUUUGUCCAACGAAUAUCUUUGUACCAUAUUGGUAUUGCUUAGCUACUUGCUUAUUAUAGAACCGCUUACUUGGGUGACGUGAUGCCACCUCCUUAUAUUAGGCUGCCAAUGUCCUCAAUGUGGAUUUACAAUGCAACUCCGUUUUUGGACACGUUGAUGUUGGAAAAACUUGACACAUCAGUCAUCUUGAAGACUUAAAAGCUCGAGGCUCGCUUAGAUUCAUGCUUUUGCUUAACUUUUUCUGAUGUAGUGUUGGUAUCCGGUCCCCACCCACCCCACCCUCGAAUGUGUUUAUAUUAUGCAUGUGUGUGUAUAUAUAUGUGUGUUCAUAUUUACACCGUAUAUGUAUACAUAUACAUAUGCAGUAUGUGUAACCUGUGGUUAAAAAAAAAAAAAAUCCCCUGAAAGUAGUUAUGUCUUUGCCUUACUAUACUCUCUCAUCUUUGGGCAUAUCAAACGAUCCCCCCCGCCCAAGCCCUAAGAAAUAUCUUAGGGGCACCAAAUGUUCAUCAAAUGUUGUCAUUUGGCUCCAGACGCCGAUUCAAAUUUGGUCACGAUGACAAGACAAAGGAAAUACUUCAACAAAGCAGCUACACUCGCCUUCUCUUUUAUUUUUUCCUGUCCCAGCUGAUGUCAGGUGACAACAUUCGGGUCCAUUUAAGUUCUUCAAGAAUGUUUCGACAACAUUGGUGCUCCGCAACUCUAGUGGGUCUAAUAUUCUUUGAAAUGGAAACAACCAACAUUGUAUUCUCUGAAAUAUUUUGGACCCAAAGAGGACAAGACAAACACGUCUUGCCAUCUGGUGUUAGGAGAAUGAACACUGAACAUCGAACAGACUGCAGUUAUCAUAAUUAUUAACUCUGUGGCUAUUGGUUGUAAAUAAAGGAAUAAUUACUAGCCAAAUUUUAACUGUAUGUGUAAAUGUGUGCCUUAUUUAAUAAUAGUGUGUGACAUGGGCUUAGGGGUCAAUGCAAGGGGCUCAGAUGGCAACUAUGCUACAGUAUAUUGUAGGUGUUUGAUUUUUCUAUGGUUGUCAGUAUGUGUCAUACAGUAUCUAUUGUAUAUGUGAAGAGUUUCAUUCCAGAAUAAGAUAUUUCUCAUCUGUUCUAAUUAACUGAAUUAAUAGUUUGACUGUAACACUCACUAAUAGAUCAUAUGUUAUGUCAUAUAUUGACUAUAAUUUUUUUUACAAAGUAGGCUAAUAUUUUGUAAAUUAUCUAGUUUUAUUUUAAUCGAUGUAAAAUAACUAGUACCUUUUUUUUUUCAGCAUUGUUUUGGAAUGAAACCCUUCGUUUUUCGCUUUUCUUUUGUUUUCAUCCCAAAAGUGUGAGCCUACAGGUUUUUAAUGCGAGUGUGGGACACAGCAAGUACAAAGCCUGAGACUGCAGACAUUCAGGUUUGACUGUAUACUGUCACUUUCACCUGGGUGUCGAUUUCCUUGUAGGUGCCAUUGUUACGUUUUUGGUUUUUGUAGUAUUAUCUUCUUGGGUUUCUAAAGGAGCAGUUCACAGUUCCUCUUAAGUUAUCACCUACAGAUGUGUAGCCAUUGUAGAAGUUGCAUUUACCUUUUGGGAGGAAAAAAGUGUGUCUUGCUUGAGUUUUGAAUGUCAGGAUAUAUGUUUUAGUAAGUGUGUGAAACCAUACGGUUUCAGUUCUGUAUGAAAAUAAAUCCAGGUUGGUGGCAUGUAGCAUGACUUCUACAAUGGUUACUGCUGUAGAUCUUGACCUAGUGGUGCCACCGGGUGUUGAAUUUCAAAACAUGGACAAGAAACAUGGAGCAGUGCAAUGAACUCUGAUCCGACAGGCUGAGAUUGUCUCUUGGAUCGAUACUUGGGAAGUGAUUGUGGAACCGGUUCGCAGGUGACCGUGCUGCCAAACACUGCUGAGGAUUUUCACCUCAUUAAUGGUGACGCCAGCCGGCUGUGCCUCAGACAUAUCACCCCUUCAAAAAUCAACUGUUGCACUUUUCAGGAGAGUCGCUUUGACCACGGUUGGCUGGAACCGUGAUCAAUUCUGUGAAAACAGCACUAUGCUAUUUACUGUAUCUGAAAAUGGUGUUUAUUGAUUGAAAUUUCCCAGAGCUCAUUUGACCCAGUGUAAAGUUUACCAUUCACACUACUCCAGCUUCAGUAAAUUAAGGAAAAGUACCUAACAUUUGUAAGGAAAAAAAAGUUGAUUUGGUAAUUAACAGGCAGCAGAGCAUUAAAUAGCCUUUCAGACAGCAAAUAAAAAACAUCCAACUUGAUUUAGGGUUGGGGCGGCAGUGUUUCAUAAGAGGAAUUGUGGCAGCUACAGUGUUUUAAUGGAUUUAUUUUUCUGUUUUGUUCUGUUGGUUUUUUUUUUUUCCUUUUUGGUAAUUUGUUUGUUUGUUUGUUUUUAAUCUGCCGGUAACAGAUUGUAUGGAAAUGGGGACGGUCUCGCCUCUUAAAAGUUCUAUCAGUAUUUGAUUUGGUGUAAAUACAUUCUAUCUGGGCGGGGUCUCAUUGAUUCAGUAUUAUGUUUUUCUCCGUUUGAUUUCCAGGCUUUGCCUCUUGACUUACUAUGAAUUUGGUCUCACAGAAUAUCAUUGUAUGUCUCUUAUACUAGGAAUAAAAUGGAAAAUAUGA